CUGUCUGUCUCUUCCCCUAUCAAACUGUUAAGAGAAGAAUAGGAAAGACUGCAAAGAAACAUAAAAAAGGACAAAAAGAAUGCGCACUCCUUGGACACUGACAAGGUUUGUUAGAUGGAGAGUAAAGGACUUGGCUUCAUGUUUCUUGGCUUGCAGGUUCCCUUUAGAAGAAGAACCAGAGAUACAUCGAUCUUCAUCGCCUCAACUUCCAAUCAGAAACAUGGUUUUUGAAACCAAGGAUGAGACCAGAGACAAGAAGAGGAACAAAAGACUGUCCCGGAGAAACAGAUGCAACAAUGAUAGACAGCUAAAACAGAGUCCAACAGUGUCCAGGAUCGAUACUCCAGUAGAAAAUGGGAAUGACAACUCAAGCUGGCCACGUUUUUCUGAUGAAGAAUAUAUAGUCUUCUGCUUUAGAGAAGAUGGAGCCUUCGACGUUGUGAUGGAUAAUAUCAAAUCCGAAGAAUCAUCACUGCCUGUUAAUCGAAAGCUUAAUUAUGCUGAGGUUAAAGAAACAGAGAAGCAAAGCAGUGAUAAGGGAAGAUCAAAUGAAGUUGGAAAUGAGGGAGAGAUCAUUCCUAACCGAGGGACGGUUUCUGUUGAAUCAAGUGACUCUAAUCAAUCUGAUGGCAGCACAGGAUCCUUUGCCUUUCCUGUACUGGGAUGGGAGUGGAUUGGAAGUCCAGUGCAAAUGCCCAAAUCAGAGGGCACGAACCCAAGGAAAAACAAGGCCCCCUCUGUGCGUUUUCAAUGUUUUAGAUUCUGA